GCCUCCGCCAGGCUCUCUGAUCGCAUGCGACAGCGGCCGACACCAUGUACGACCCACAAACAUCCAUAACUUACGACCAACCCCAGGCUGGCGACGAGCAGUACAUCUCUACGUUCUUCUGCCGCGCUCUUUACGACUACCACACCAACGACUCCUCUUCCCUCUCGUUCAAUAAGGGCGACAUCAUCGAGGUCCUCACCCGUCUCGAGUCCGGUUGGUGGGAUGGACUGCUGAACGAAGAGCGAGGGUGGUUCCCGUCCAACUAUGUUGUUACGAUUUCCGACCAGGAGGCCGAGGCCGCGCUGAAUGGGUCCGAGUACCCGAGCUCGCAGGCGUCGCUCCCCGACGACUCGAUGGUGGACAUGGCGCACACGAUGUCGCAGGCCCUCGCUCAGUCUGAUACGGACGGCGACUGGCUGAGCGGGGGAGAGGCGGACUAUCAGCCCCAGCGGACGGCUGCUUACACGAACGGUGCGACCGGUCGUGGAGGAGGAGGGGCGCAGCAAAGCGAUUUCUGGGUGCCGCAGGUGUCGCAGGACGGUCGAAUAUUUUACGUCAAUACCCAGACGGGCCAGCAGUCUAGAGACCUGCCGACCGAAGCCGACGCCGAUGUGGAGGCGGAAGUCGCCGCUCUUUCACCCCAAGGGUCGACUCGCGCUGGGCAGAGUGUUGCGUACGGCCUCGCAGGAGCCAACGGAGUUAUCCAAGACAGCGCUGGUUUUGGUAUCCCAAGGAGAUCACGGACACCAGAGCCAUGGGUCAGGCGUUUGGCGGACGACGGUCUGUCGUACUACUACUUCAACAAGCUCGACGGCACUAUUUCAUGGACGGCCCCUGAAGCGAGCGCUCCGCCGCCGCCGGCAUAUAACGACGAUGGGUUCUCGGGACCUCUGGCAACGAAGGGUUCGUCCUCUACGUCGGGCGCCUCAAUUCCUCGAAACGGGAGCUCGAAUGGAAUGUCACGCCUACGGUCAGAGUCUUCUGUGUCGCGAACGCGGGAGCGCAGCGAUAGCAGUGCUGACAGGCUCAGCAUCCACUCUGAGGACUCCGAGGUGUAUCCGACGAGGCGAGACAGGUCGCAGUCGACGACCAACGGCGCGAAGCAGGGCGUCGCGCGUCCGCCAAUCGCCGCGUCCUCUUCAUCUUCGCGUUCCAAUCCCAAUGCUUCUAACCCCAGCAGCAGCCAACCGACACCCGCGGCUCUCGAGCUCACAGCAGCCGAAGAGUCUGCCAGGGCGUUGCAGGAGACGCUAUCGCCGCCAUCCCCCGAAACCGCCGCCGAACUGUCCAACCAAGUUCGCGAAUCGAUUGCCGCCGUUCUUCGGUACCUCAGGGGCUCGUCCAGCCCGCGCCGGCCGGAACAGUACCGGGAGGUGGAUCAGUUGGUGUUGAAGGUCGUGGCAUCGGUGCGCAACCUCCUCUACGUCACCGCGACUCCUAGUGGCCAUGUGCCAAGCCACCUCUACCCUCGAGACUCCCGCGAUCCGCGGCUCGGCACCAAUAGCCAAACGCUUCAGGCCCACCUGAAGGCGGCUCACCGGAAGGUUGCGGGGACCUUGUCGAAGCUCGUUCUGUCUGCGCUGGCGAUGCAGUACGAUCCAGGGCUGUCUUCAUCUGACAAGCCCAACCGUAUGGAGUCGGACGUCGCGGAGCUCGAGCGCGCGGUGAUUGCUUUCGUGCAAGAAGUGCAAUUCUACCAGGAACAGCAUGCUUUGUCGAAUACCCUUUCACGGACAGGUGGUGGGAAGCGUUUGUAUGGUGUCUUCUCUACUGCGAACAUCGGGGUGGGCUUGCCUGGUGCGGGUGUCGCCGGAGAGUGGCGAGGGUUUGGAUACGUCGCCGCCGAUGACGGCGUUGAUCUGCCUCAACGGAUACUCAGCGACGAGGUCGUGAUCGAAUACAAGGGCAGCCUGAAGGCGCUCGAAGCGCGCUUGGGGUCGCUGGUCAACUCCGUGAGGUACAUAGACAGCCAACCAGAACGAGUGUCUCACGAAGGACAGAGCGCCUCCGCCUACCUUUCGUGGCUACUGCAGUCACUUUGCAGUGUCAACAUCAUGCGCCAUGUGGAUGUGGAUGGCAUCCGUCCAGAAUCGGGCCUCCCUUCGACGUCACCACAAUACAUGCAGAUGGUCGACAAGGCCCGUCAACUCGUUCGCUCGCUCGAGGCAUCCACCCAGGCAUUGUUCGACGACGGAAUGACGGUGUUCAUUGGGGUGCAGUUGCUGGGACGCGCUCCGCUCCUCCCUCAGAGGGAGCGCGCUACGCUGAUAGCCACAAUUGAGUCGAUCGCGCCCAUCGUGCGGUCGAACUGUGUACUCAUCGCACAGACUCUGGAGUCCCUGCUCGCCAUUGGCCACGAUCAGUCGUCGAUCAGCCAAGGCGACUAUCGAAAUUCGAUCGAAUGGCGGUCGUCGCGCAUUAACGUGACAGAAAGCUCGAUCGCCGCCAUCUCGCGCAUGGCAGACAUUCCAGCAGGGGAGGACGAGUAUAUCGACAUGGCGGCCGCUUUCGCGCAGCCUAUGAUGCGCACGGCGUCCUCGCUCGAUUCGACGUCGUCGACAUUGUAUAGCAAUGCGAACCAGCAGCCCUCGCAGUCGUCCUUGGACAUGUCAGAUCGCUCGAGAUCUGAGAGUGUCAGCGAGCCGGAGACACCGACAUGGCAGAACGACACGGCUGAGGGCACGCUCAUUGGGCCGCCAUCGCCAGAAAUGCCUUCGCCGCUCGAUGACGACGCUGUGGCCUUCGUAGACGAGGAUGAUCCUGCGCUCCUUGGCAAGUCUCCGCCACGGACAGGCAAGGGCAACAAGCUCAUGAAGAUCCUCGGUUCCGAGGCGCCCCAACACUAUAUCAGCAAAUUGAACGCGGAGCAGAAGCCGUGGUAUCUACGUCCGAACUACGACCAGUCCGAGAUCCUGAUCGAUCCCGACGGGCAAGUGCGCGCAGGUACACCAUCUGCGCUUGUUGAGCGCUUGACUGCGCAUGAGCUGGGCGACCCGACGUUUAUCAAGAACUUUUUAAUGACGUUCAAGUCCUUCAUGACAGUCGAUGAGCUGUUCGAGCUGCUGACUAAGCGUUAUUGGAUCUCACCACCUCCGAAUUUGAAGCCGACUGAGCUCGAGGAAUGGAUACGUUUGAAGCAGCAGGUCAUCCGCAUGCGUGUCUUGAAUACCUUUAGGACAAUGGUUACGGACGACGACAUCCUGGAAAAAGAAGACAUGUACAUCCUUAUUCGCAUGAAGGAGUUCGCGUCUGAUGAAGAAGUCGUCAAUUUUGCGGCAGCGAAGCAGCUUUUGAUCCUCAUCGAGCGUGCACAACGUGGCGGUGAUGCUCCUAUCAAGACCACGAAUACGGUACCCCUUGCACCUCCAGCACCUAUUAUGCCGAAGACCUCCAAGAAGCUCAAGUUGCUCGACAUCGAUCCUCUAGAGCUAGCGCGGCAACUCACCCUCAUGGAGGCUGCCCUGUACAAGAAAAUUCGGCCCAUGGAAUGCUUGCAGCGUUCGCGAGAAGCUAAGCCUGGAAAGACUGCGGAUAACAUCACAACUAUCAUUCAGCUGAGCAACAGGAUCGCUAAUUGGGUCGCCGAAUCCGUCCUAGCGAGGGAAGACUCUCAGAAACGUGCACGUAUUGUGAAACACUUCAUCAAUGUCGCCGAUCGAUGCCGUAUACUGCAGAACUUCUCGACAAUGACUGCAGUGAUCUCUGGUCUGAAUACCCCACCGAUUCGUCGACUUAAGCGGACAUGGGAACAGGUCAAUGCCAAGUUCAUGUCCCAGCUAAAAGUCUGCGAGUCGACCAUUGAUACCAACAAGAACUUCAACAACUACCGCCAAACCCUAGCGAGGAUACAGCCGCCCUGCGUGCCUUUCAUUGGUGUCUACCUCACCACCCUCACAUUCAUCAACGAUGGUGCGGAAGACAAGCUAGCAGGCAAAAUGAUCAAUUUCCGCAAGCGGCAGAAGGCGGCUGAGGUUAUCCAGGACAUCAAGCGUUGGCAAGCGAAGCCUUACAACUUCCAGACCGUGGCGUCCGUGCUGUCGUACUUGGAGGAAUCCUUCCAGUCGUAUCAGGACGGCGUCGACUAUGGGGAUCAAUUCUGGAACCUAAGUCUGGAGCGCGAACCGCGCGAGCGGGAAGAUGAGAAGAUGGCCAGACUGCUUCAGGAAAGCGGUUUCUUGUAGACGACAGGACUUUGCGCGUGCGGGACUCCGCGUCGUCCUCAACUUCUCCACAGCAACACCAUACUACCCCUGUCUCAUCCUCUUCUGCAUGUUCCUAUUCCUUCGCUUCCACGGUUCUUGACAGAUAUCCCUACCAUGCUUUGUAUUUGUGUUCUACGCGUUCACACUUGACUUAUGCCGACCACAUGCUGUACUAGUAGCUACCUCUACUCCCGGAUUAGGAUCAU